AUGCCCUUCCCGGAGCCCGACUCGUGGGCCGGGCGGGAGGGGCGCGUGAUUGACAGGCUGAACUACAGACUCAUCUCUUACCUUAGGCCGCGGGCGCUGAUUGGCUACUCGCUGACAUCCUCAAACCCGGCUGCUCCGCGCUGGGCUCGGGAGGGGGGCAGCUGCGGGUGGAGGUGCGCUUCUGACAAGCCCGAAAGUCAUUUCCAAUCUCAAGUGGACUUUGUUCCAACUAUUGGGGGCGUCGCUCCCCCUCUUCAUGGUCGCGGGCAAACUUCCUCCUCGGCGCCGCUUCUAAUGGAGCCCCACCUGCUCGGGCUGCUUCUCGGCCUCCUGCUCUGUGGCACCAGGGUCCUCGCCGGCUACCCAAUUUGGUGGUCCCUGGCCCUGGGCCAGCAGUACACGUCCCUGGGCUCACAGCCCCUACUCUGCGGCUCCAUCCCGGGCCUGGUCCCCAAGCAACUGCGCUUCUGCCGCAAUUACAUCGAAAUCAUGCCCAGCGUGGCCGAGGGCGUGAAGCUGGGCAUCCAGGAGUGCCAGCACCAGUUCCGGGGCCGCCGCUGGAACUGCACCACCAUCGACGACAGCCUGGCCAUCUUCGGGCCCGUCCUCGACAAAGCCACCCGCGAAUCGGCCUUCGUGCACGCCAUCGCCUCAGCCGGCGUGGCCUUCGCCGUCACACGCUCCUGUGCGGAGGGCACCUCCACCAUCUGUGGCUGCGACUCGCAUCAUAAAGGGCCGCCCGGCGAGGGCUGGAAGUGGGGCGGCUGCAGCGAGGACGCCGACUUCGGGGUGCUUGUGUCCCGGGAGUUCGCGGACGCACGUGAGAACAGGCCGGACGCGCGCUCGGCCAUGAACAAGCACAACAAUGAGGCUGGCCGCACGACCAUCCUGGACCACAUGCACCUCAAGUGCAAGUGCCACGGGCUGUCGGGCAGCUGCGAGGUCAAGACCUGCUGGUGGGCCCAGCCCGACUUCCGCGCCAUCGGGGACUUCCUCAAGGACAAGUACGACAGCGCCUCGGAGAUGGUGGUGGAGAAGCACCGGGAGUCCCGUGGCUGGGUGGAGACCCUCCGCGCCAAGUACGCGCUCUUCAAGCCGCCCACUGAGAGGGACCUGGUCUACUACGAGAACUCCCCCAACUUUUGCGAGCCCAACCCCGAGACGGGCUCCUUCGGCACCAGGGACCGGACUUGCAACGUCACCUCCCACGGCAUCGAUGGCUGCGACCUGCUCUGCUGCGGCCGCGGCCACAACACAAGGACGGAGAAGCGGAAGGAGAAAUGCCACUGCAUCUUCCACUGGUGCUGCUACGUGAGCUGCCAGGAGUGUAUCCGCAUCUACGAUGUGCACACCUGCAAGUAGGGAGCCAGGGCACUGGUAACGGGUGAAGCGUGUGGCUGGGCAGAUUCACCGAAGUCCUACGGGAAGCAGGACCCAGAGCCGGGCUCA